CAGCAGCAGCAGCAGCAGCAGCAGCAGCAGCAGCAGCAGCAGCAACAUCCAGCUCCAAUUCUUCUGAUCGUGCUGGCGAAUUUGACGACGAGCCCAAGGUUCGACCCGCCUCAAUAAGCAAGGCAUACGCUUUACUUGGACGUCCAACUGACAACGUGGCUGCUGCUACGAGCAAGCAAGCGCACCGGCACACACUCGCCGACAUGUCCUCCUUUCCUGGUGUUGCCCCAAUCGCGUACAACCGACAGCGUUCCGACGCAGCCGAGCCGGGAAGUCCUGCUCUUGUUAAUCUUUCUUCUACUACCGAGAUUCCUUCGUCUCCUCAGUCACCUGCCGGACAGGGGACCACAGGCCGCAAGUUCAACGUGACAAAGAAGGCUGGCAAAGUGCACGAAGUGAACGGCCAUCGUUUCCGUGCUACCCAUUUCAACACCCCGACGUUCUGCGACCACUGCAACCUCUUCAUCUGGGGCGUCGCCAAGCAGGGAUACAAGUGCGACCAGUGUCGCAUGGUGACGCACAAGAAGUGCCACGAGGAUGCUCUGAAUUGCGAAGCCCAACGCGCAGCGCUGGCUUCGACACGCUCCAACCCGGACGGCUCGUCCGACUGGUCGAGCGGCGGGUCUUUGGGCAACACCGAGUCCAUUUCGUCCAUUAGUUCAAUCACAUCAGCAGACCUUACCAUGGAACCACAAUCCAGUAGUAAGCAGCAGCAGCAGCAACAUCAGCAGCAGCACCAACAACAGCAACCACACGCUGUCAAGACCAACACACCCGCUGCCACUAGCCACUCUGCUCGUCCUUCCGGGUCGGUCCCAGCAUCAGCUUCGGCGACGGCGAGCUCAGACGAACACGAUUCUUCCGACGACGACCAUACCAUCCGCAAAGGCAGCACGGCUGCAGGGUUUGUGAACGAGUUUGCGACCCGCCGACAAGACUCGACCACAACCACCGCGGGGGGAGAUGGUAGCAGCACUGGCAACUUUGCGCGUCGCAAAUUGGGCCGUCGCAAGGUUCUUGUUCGAAAUCCCUCUUCGGGCUCGUUGACCGCGACACCCUCACGCAACUUGCAGCGCAACCCCAGCAUUGAUAAUCCUCCAAGCACCGACAACUCGGAAGGCGAACUAUCAGCCCCAGCAACUCCAACCCAGCAGGCUCGAGUGCGGCAAAACCGCAAGACUGCUGCUGUUCACGCCGUUGAAGGUGCUGCUCACGAGACCACCAGCGCCGCCGAGGCUGUCCCAUCCGAGUUAUCUGCAUCACACUUGUCUGCGUCCCAACCAUCUGCUGCCAGUCACGACGCACUCAGUCGUACGACCAGCAAGCGCGAGACACCCCGUUUGGUCCUACCAGACGCAGAGCCCGAGUCGUCGACCCUCUCGCUUUCGGGGGCAUCCGAGUCGCCCUCUCCCAACUCCCUGAGCUCUGGCACGUUGCUCGUGCGACAAGCCAGUCUACCCCGGCAACUCAACCAGCCUGUGCCAGCCAUCAGCAUUGCAAACAAUUCCGGAGGUCUGGAAGUUGUCGGCACUCCAUCCUCCAUUUCGUCAGGCUCCAUGCUCUUCCCACCUCUGUCUCCGACGAACACGUCCAUGCUCAACGCGUCGUUCAACUCGAUCGCUUCCAACUCGAGUGUAUUGGCGCAGUCGGGACCCAUCUCUUCGAGUCGGUCUGGCGGCGACUUUACGGCCGAGUACUUCACCGCCGACGAGUCGUCCCAGAACAACAUUCUUGGAGUCGGUCAGUUUGGCGUUGUGAUGGUAUCAACGCGCAAAUCCACCGGCAAGGAGUAUGCCGUCAAGAUGAUCAACAAGAAGCGCUUCCUCCUCCGGCAGAAAAUUUUGCAUGACAUCAAUAGCGAGAUUGAAAUCCUCAAGUGCAUCAAUCAUCCAGGCAUUGUGCGCAUCGAAGAUGUGUACGAGACCUCACACGUGCUGUACAUUGUCAUGGAGCUGAUGCGGGGCGGCGAUUUGCUCGAUUUUACGCUGUCGCGCACGCGAUUGCAGGAUCACGAAGCCAAGUUCCUAUUCUACCAAGUCGUCUCUGCUCUGUGCCAUUUGCAUGAUCGCGGCAUCACCCACCGCGACUUGAAACCCGACAACAUUUUGCUCGAUCGCCGCAUCGACGUCAAUGACCUUGUUGGCUACCGGACCAUUCGUGUCAAGAUUGCCGACUUUGGUUUUGCCAAAAUGGUCGGAGAAUCGUCCUUUAUGAAUUCCGUCUGCGGCACACCGGCCUAUGUUGCGCCCGAGGUCAUGAAGCGUGGAGGCCACAAUAAUGGCUAUCAGAAAAAUGUUGACUGCUGGAGUCUCGGAGUCAUGCUGUACACGGCACUGGCUGGCACCCUUCCGUUCGACGACAAGUCGGAUCAGCUGUCCCAAGUUCUUGCUCUCCAGUUUGCUCCAGACAAAUGGAAGCAUGUUUCCCCAGCAGCCAUUCAUCUGAUCAGUCAGCUUCUUGUGGUCGAUCCCGCCAAGCGCUACUCGAUUCGCGACGCUCUGAAUCACGCUUGGUUCCAGGAUGCCGAUCUUCACGAUGCCAUCCGCAGCCUUGGGAUUGACUGGGCUUCUCCCAGCACCCCGACUCGGACUUCAGAGCCCGCUAACGCUCGACCCACUUCCCCCUCCCUUCCAGAGUCAAAGUCACCCAGUCGGCUUUCUGCAUCAAGUGCGACCGAGAUCACGGUCGUCUCGUCCAAGCCUGAGCUGACUGUUACAGUCACAGUUCCUGACAAACCCGUUCUUGCCUCGCCCUCGCAGCCAGACGUUAGCUCCAUUGUUCUGGACAUUGUUGCCAGCAUAGAUGAUGCUGAUUUGGCCGAAUCCUCGGUUUGAAGGUUUUGGCUCUGUAGCUCAUCUUUCGCCUGUUCGACUCGACAUUCUCAGUUUGGUUUGAUUUUUCUCGUCUACCCUACCACCGCCACUACUACCACUAUAUCAUUUACCGUAUCCUUACUCCCCCCCCUCCCAACCUUAUUGCCCUUUUUCUCCCCACGAUACGAUACGGCUGCUCCUUUUGACCUCGUUUUUUGCUAUUUCAUUGUCCAUUUUUCGCCUUGCUUUGAAUUUUUUCUAUUUUUUUGACUUCGUUCCUCGUUUGUACAAAGCCAAACACAAUACACGUUGUGUUGAGUUAUUAUUGUC